AUGUUCACUGGAUAUGGAAAUGGAAUACCAUAUCCACUGUGGAAUCGCACACACUCGUUGGGCGACACAUGGCCAACCGAAAGACGUGAACAGCCAUCCACAACGGAGCAAUGGGAAGAAUGACAUCUUUUAGAGUUUGUGGUAGUUCACAAUGGAAUUAUCACCAAUUAUCGGGAGAUUAAGGAGUAUUUAAAGAAGAAGGGACGUGAAUUCGAGUCAGAGACGGACACUGAGGUGAUCGCAAAGCUUACCCAACAUAUACAUGACCGCUACCCAGAGUUUUCAUUCCGACAAGUCGUAGAAGUUGUUGUACAGCAAUUGGAAGGUGCAUUUGCUUUGGCGUUUAAGUCAUCGAACUUUCCCGGACAGCUAGUAGCGACUCGACGAGGUUCACCGCUUGUGGUUGGUAUCAAAAGUAACAGCCAGCUCCAAACCAAUCAUUUUCCUGUAUCUUUCAGUAAAGGUACGAAUUACCUUAUAUAG